AUGUCUACCUUUCGAUCGUUACAGCAGGUGCGCCCGGCCAACAUCAUCGGCGGAGCUGUCUUCGCUGGGCUGGGUGUCGCCCUCUACUCCCGCUACAUGGUGACCAACGCACAUGCAGACUCGGGAGCGCCGAAGAAGAUCUUCUCUGGUGGUCUGGCCAAUGUUUCGCUCAGGCUGGAGAGUUCGGAAGAAGUGAACCACAACACCAAGCGCCUGCGAUUUCAACUACCUGAAGCUGACAACAUUGCGGGGUUCGGUUUGACCUCCUCAAUCCUGGUAUUCUCUUGGCCAGAGGGCAGAAUAUUCCCUGUCGUAAGGCCAUACACACCCAUCAGUUCUCCCAACGAGCCCGGCGUGGUAGAAUUCAUGGUCAAGCACUACGCCGCCGGCAAGCAAAGCACACACCUGCACUCCCUUAGUCCCGGCUCCUCACUCCGCUUCCUCGCCACCCUAAAAGGCUUCGCCUGGAAACCCAACCAAUACCCACACAUCACUUUGAUCGCAGGCGGGGCGGGCAUCACGCCUGCAUACCAGCUUAUCCAGGGGAUCCUGCAGAACCCGAGCGACCAGACGAAAAUCACGCUUGUAUAUGGUGUCAACACGGACGCCGAUGUCCUUUUGAAGCCGGAGUUUGAUGAAUUUGCGGCCAAGUUCCCAGAGAGAUUUAGGUACACGUAUACUGUUAGUAACCCUGUGCCGGGUUCAGUUUACAGGAAAGGAUAUGUGACGGAGGAGUUAUUGAGAGAGGUUAUGCCUAAGGAGAAAGAUACGAAGGUCUUUGUUUGUGGGCCGCCGGCUAUGGAGGAGGCGCUUGUGGGAAAGAGGACGAAGGGGGGCGUUUUGGAGCGGCUGGGUUAUGGGAAGGAUAAAGUACAUAGAUUCUAG